AUGGUAGCAGCCAACAAGUCUAAGUCGCCUAGCAAGCCCGCAGCGUCUGCUACGCCAGCUCCUGUCGGUGCUGCAAGUCGCCCACCGGCCAAGCCUCGAGCAGAAACAGUCACCGUCGAGCCUGCAUCCCUCGGCCCCUUCUCACUGUGGGAGUACCUCAAGGAGGAGGUGCUGGCGACCGACUUUGAUAGCACGCAGGAGAUGAAGUGGGAGCGGGUCACCAACUUCGUCGCUGUCCCUUGGUGGGUCGAGAAGAUCAUCAUCUUCGGCUUCGUCGUCUGCCUGGACUCCUUCCUCUAUACCUUCACCAUCCUUCCACUCCGGUUCCUGGUAGCUGUCACCCUCGGUGUACGUAAUCUCUUCAGCAACCUGACUUCCUCAUCCCCAAAGCGCUUCUUGCACUCCUCGCACAAAUGCGAUAUCCUCAAGAUGGCCCUUGUCGUCUUGAGCUGCUUCAUCCUCAGCCGCAUAACCGACGCCUCCAAAAUGUACCACUCGGUCCGCGGCCAGGACGUCGUGAAACUCUACGUCAUCUUCAAUGUCAUGGAAAUCUUCGACCGCCUUUGCUGUUCGCUCGGUCAAGAUCUCCUCGACGCCCUCUUCAGUCGCAUGACCCUGGGAAGACGAAACGACGGCUCUCAGCCCGUAGCGCGUCCUUUCGGCUUCUUCCUACUCGCCCUCUUCUACAUCCAGGCACACACUCUCGUCCUCUUCUACCAACUCGUCACGCUCAAUGUCGCCAUCAACUCUUACGACAAUGCGUUGCUCACACUGCUCUUGUCGAACCAAUUCGUCGAAAUCAAGGGAAGCGUCUUCAAGAAGUUUGAAAAGGAGAACCUCUUCCAACUCACCUGCGCGGAUAUCGUUGAGCGCUUCCAGCUCACCCUAAUCCUCACAGCCAUCGGGCUGCGCAACCUGAUCGAAGUCAGCGGCGGCGGCACCAAUGGCAACGGCAGCGGCGGUAGCCCCGGGGAAGUACCGCUCCCUCGCUCCUUUACGGUAUUCCCCAGCAUUUCAUUGCUAGAGACAAGCUUCGCCCCCGUGGCUAUCGUGCUUGCAUCAGAGUGCCUGGUUGAUUGGCUGAAGCAUGCUUUCAUCACCAAAUUCAAUCAUAUCCGGCCAAGCGUCUAUGGGAGGUUCAUGGAUGUGCUUUGCAGGGAUCUCGUGGUGGCAGGACCGGCCGAUUCCAGCUCGGAGGCAGCCUCAGCGGGUGGCGGCACAAAGCGUCGCCAUACUUUCGUCGAUCAAAGCCCGAUUGUCAGCCGCAGGCUAGGAUUUGCAGCUCUGCCACUUGCAUGCCUCUUAGUGAGGAUAUCGGCGCAGAUAUGGGGCAUGCUGGCCGACGACUCGCAUUAUGACGAAUGCGCGGCACCCUCCAUGAGCAAUAGCGGUGGCGGCGUUCGCUCAGGCUCUGGGUCUGUGCUAGGCUUCCUAAUGUCCCUGGCUCACCAGCUCAUUGGCGGCCUCGGCGUCAGCGAAGAUCCACCACGCUGGAUGGAUGGCCUCGUGGAUAAGGCUGUUCAGACUCUCGCAUGGAGUCUCACGGCUCUAGGUGUCUGGGUCUCUCUCGUGGUCAUCAAGCUCAUCUUGGGCUCGAUGUUGGUCAGCUUUGCCUCGUAUCGGUACAGAACUAUGCUCGCGAGAGAGAAGGAAGAGGAGCUCAAUGCGCGCGAUAGACCUGCUAUCGGGGUUGGCAGUGGGGAGAGGGAGUAUGAGGCGAAGGUGAGGGAGAUGGUCAGGGAUGAUGGUGGGGGAGCGAGCGCAGGCGGUGGUGGGAAGAAGCCGGGAGGAGGCGGUGGGUCGAGUUUGAUGGAUAUUCGGCGCUAUGAUAUGGUCAAGAGCAGGCUGUGGUAG